CUCCCUCCCCGGUGAUGCGCCGGCGAUGUGCGGCGUCUAAUUCACGACACAUGCCAGGAUAGAUGGCCAAGAUAAUUCAACCGGCAAGGGCACAUAACCGUCGUUCUCUACUCACGGCGGCCCACCAUUCACUUGCUUGCUUGCGCGUCGAGUUGUCGGGAAAUCCACGCCGCGCUAUGCCCAUGCAACUGACAGCAUCGCUACCACCAAUUCGGGGCAGGAGCGAGGGAGGAAAAGUAAGGUGGGGCAGGGCGGAGAGAAACAACGAAGCCUUCAGAGACUGCCCCACAACAUUCAAUUGGUCAAGGACGCAUCAUUCGGGGGAUAACGAAGACGAGACAGGCAAGGAUAGCCGGCGCUCCGCCUCCGGGAGGCGAGAGCGGGAGGAAAGAGCCGAGUGGGGAAGGAUGUUCCAGGUUGAUUCUGGAUGCAACGUGCGUCUGCGGCACAACCCUUCACGCUGGUCGAUCGGGAGGCAAGAGCGGGAGGAAAGAGACGAGAGGGGAAGGAUGUUCCAGGUGGAUUCUGGAUGCAACGUGUGAGUGCGGCGCAGCACUUCGCGCUGGUCGAUCAUAUCUGUCAUGUCGACGGAUCCACGGGCCUGGGCACCGAGCCACUCAGAGACCUGGGGAACGAGGGAGGCGGAGGGAGGCGGAGGACGGAGGAAGGAAAGGUAACAGGCGAGAAACCACGUGGGAGGAGGAAGAGGAGGAGAAAACACCGCAUCUCGAACGUCCCCGGCCCCCAGGGGCGAGCAAGAGCACGCCGCCUCGGCUGGCACCGCGGCACGCCUGGCCUGCCUCCUGCUGAGGCGUUGACAGACCCUGGCGACUGCACGGCCCAAGGGGGAAGGACGAAAGUCCUCAGCAGGUCAAGCUCGCGCCUGGGAACAAAGUCCGACUGCCCCGGUCAAGGAACUCGCCCGACAAGCAUACCCGCUUGAAGGACCCCUGCCCGCAGGUACUGCGCAGUCGAAGCGGGGAAGAAGGAACUCGAAGGUAAGGUUGAGAGGAGAUGGGUGCAAUGCUGCAGGUGUGGCGCGGUCUUGCGCGCUUUAGCGGAAUGAUAUUUCAAACACCGCGCAAGCAGAAGAAACAAAAAACAAGUCCGCCCACCCCAGGCUUGUUUUCAAGAUCUACUUUUUCGCCUGGGCGCCGCGCACACCCACUGAGAAAAUGUGCACGAGCUUCACGGAUUGAGGGCGGAACAAUUUCAAAUCCCACCAGCCCUCUGGGCGUCGGUGGUUUAGGGCGUUUCCUC